AUGGUUGUCAUUACAACAUUAUGUUGCUUGUUCAUUUCAGUAACCUCAAAUUGGCUUUUAAUUCAAUGUUUCAAACAGAAAAGUGUCAGAAAGUUGAAAUAUGUUGAGGUAGGUCAUCAAAUUUUAUCUUUUUUUAAAAUUUUUCAAUUUAAUAAUUUUUUGAACUAAUUGUAGUUUAAAAAGAUAAAUAAAACAUUGUUUUAGAUUCCAGGAUUCCAAAAAACAGAAACGGAUCUGGUAGCAUUCAAACAGAAACUCAAGACCAAAAAGGUGGAAAACGUUCGAUAUUACUUUGAAAAGUUUCCUACCUACAAGUAUAGGGUAAGUGAUUUUAAUUAGAUUAUAGUUUAUAAUUUUUUAUAACUGUCUUAAAAAGUCGAUUUUUAACUUUUAAAUUUAAAUUUUUUUAUCUUAAAAUUUCAGGAAUUUGAUGUUAACUUAUUAGAGCCCCCAAUCCAUCCCAAAACGUUCUGUCUACGCCCUCCAAAAGCACAGGCAAAUACUCCUCAUUCCAAAAGUAAGCAAAAGCCAAUGGCUACCCAUUUCAAAUAAAAAAAUGCUCCUUAUGAUAACAACCGUACCUUUUUAGGCAAAGAUACAGACAAAGAAGGCAAUGAUCUUUUGAAUGAAAUGUGGAAAGCCUUUUCUAAUGUCGAAUCCUCAAACGAAGUCUUGGAUGCAUUACAAACCUUUCAUUUAUCGUUCGAUGGUACUGUAGUGGCCGUAGACGAUGACGAUGCUACGGUAGAAGACACAAAACGCCUGGAAUGGGGCGAUAAACUGAAGAUUGAUGUAAGUGUUGGUUUUUUAAAGUUAUAUUAAAAUUUAUAAUAGCGUGUCAGUACCGAGAUAUCAGCGCAAUGAUGAGCUAAAACCAAAUGACUGUUAUGAUUACAGAUUGCAAAACAAGAAGAACCACCAGUCAAAAAGGAGUCCUUCGUGGUCGACAACGGAUAUCUUGUUAUGGACAAAGGAAGGCACAAAAUUGAAAAUGGCUAG